UUAAGUGGGUACAUACACACAACUACGUACCCACUUAAGCUAAAGCGUUAAAUCUCGCUGCCGCGCGCACUAAAGGAUAACAGAAUUUAGUCGUGAGUGUUUUCUAACAAUAAGUAAACGUUCGCUCCGUCGCUGAAAUAUGUUACUCGCGAUGAUAAAUGAAAUCCGAUGACAGACACACAUUCGGACUACCCACACGCAAACGUGGAAACUUUAUGCAUUAUUUUGUACGAGGAAAGAAAUGAAUGCACACAAAUAUCUUCUAAUUACACCAUUGUGAAUAACAGAAAAGUUUUUAAUGAUACAGAAAAACUACUUCUAAAUAGAUUACUUAAUUUCUUCUCCUUAGAAAUUAAAUACAAGAAUCUGCAUAAUGCAUUAGAGGUAACUUUUUAGUUUCCGAUUUGAUAAGAUCCGAUAUAUCAAGUGAAUAAUCAAUUGACGCGGCAUGGCAGCGACAUUAAUCGCAUUGGCAGUGUCCACGCUGUACAUAGUGCUCACGAGCCUGAUCGCGUACUGGUUGAGGAGGUACACGAUCUAUUACAUACGGGACCCGUUCGUUAGAUCGCUAUUCUUAGAAGGAAUCGCUACCGGCGAACUUUGCGGGGCGUGUUUCGAAUUGAUAAUAAUUGCGGAUAAUUGGGGUGUAUCUAUGUAUGGCGUUUACCUAUUUCUGCUAACGAUAUGGUGGUCAAUGAAUUGGGGCGAGGCCACGGCUUGCCCGUACACCCACAUCGAGGACGUCGUGGAGGGAACGAAAUCGGUGCGCGACGCGUUCCUCCUGAUUUGGGCGGAACUCGUCGGCGGUCUGGUCAUUUUCCGAUACAUUCAAGUACUGUGGGCUCUUGAAAUCGUUUCCACGCACAAGAACAAGGCCUUCACGGAUUGUACCACCGAUCUGCAAGUGCCUGUAAUAUUCGGAGCGUUCAUCGAAGGAAUCGCUACUUGCAUAUAUCGCGUGGUGUCGCGCGGCUUAAGCGAAAUAAACUCGAGAUUCAGCACUAUCCUCGACUCUUUUAUUGGAACCACUUUGGUAAUCGCGGCUUUCGAUUACUCCGGAGGCUACUUCAAUCCCGCGCUGGCGACUUCGUUGAAGUACGGAUGCCUGGGAACUUCUUUCAUGGAACACGUAAUCGUUUACUGGGUCGGUGCUUGCGCCGGUUCUGUAGCUUCGUUAAGAGUUUACAGGCAUCCAAUUAUUCAAGGAUACAUGGAACAGUACAAGACAAAAACGCUUUGAAAGUAUGUAUAGGGAAACGUUGGGAACAGCUCGUUGCUCCUAAUUUCCUCGUGUUCACUUCGUGUUAUUGUUUGUUUAACUCAAUACUUAUCUUCCGUGUAUACAUAAUUGGCACGGGUAUCGUGCGAGCGCUCUUCCCUUUCGUCAAGACAAAAAAACGGCGGCGUAUGUUUUGCGCACAAAUUUCUUCAAACUAAUUAAACACCAGACGAGCUGCAAUACUUCUGCCUAUCCUUUUAUGUAAAAUUAUUCCUCAAGUUUUUUGAAUCUGAUUUUUUCCUAAUUCAGAGAACGACAAUCGCGACAGAAUGUUUUAAAUUCGAUAUUGACGUAAAGUGUACAUAGUGUAAUAUAUAUUAUAAUUGUAUAUAAAACGAAAUAAUGUGAAUAGCAAUAAAUUUACUUACAAACAAA